UCAUGAAGUAGCUUAGCAAGCAGUAGUAGUCCUUCCCCACCUCUCAUGGCCUCAGUCUUCUUCCUUGAUGAAGAAGCUCGAGCCCGCUUUCUUCGAAGCUUAGUUCAAUCCAUUGGUUGCACCUACGUUUGCUUAUGGUAUAAUUAUCCCCCUUCAUCCAACUACUUAAUCUUCAUGGACGGAUUUUACAAUGACCAAAGCAGCAACCAACCCAGUUCCUCAUUUGGCAGUUUUGCUAGGAGACACUUUGAUGAUUAUCGCCAAUAUCCAUACACCAUCGAUAAUGGCUAUGUUCCUGGACUUGCUUUCAAAGAAGGUCUUCCUUAUUUAGAGCUCAAAGAACUGGAGCUUCUUAGCAGAGUUUCAACUGAAACCCAAAGACAAUUCUAUCAGGAAGCCAGGAUUAAGGCUGCAGCAUUCAUGGGAUGUAGAAGUGGUGAGAUUGAGAUAGGCUAUUCCAACCCAACUGAGAAUAACAAGGAAAUGGAGAUGAGAAGGUGGUUUCCUGAUGAUUUCUAUCCUCAAUCUCAAUCUCAACAUGGAGAACUCCCUCAUGCACCAGAGCAGAACCUGCCUUCCUCUUCUUCAUCCUCAUUGAGAUCAUUAUCUAUGGGUAGUCCCUCUCCUGAGUAUUCAUCUCUUCUCUUCAACAUUCCCAGCACUUCUAACCUUCCUUUACCCCUCAAAGAAUCACUACCCAUUGAGAAACCAACAAAGCCCAUAUCAAUAGGCAUUCAGCCACAUCAGCAGCAGCAGCAAACCAUGCAACAACCCUACCAUGGGCUUCAUUGUCUACCGCCAUUCCAAAAUCCUGAAAAGGAUAUUGAUGCAGCCAUGACAAGAGCCAUUCUUGCUGUUAUAUCUUCCUCUUCAACUUCUUCUUCUUCAUCUUUUCUAACCCAACAAAAUCCAUCCCUCAAUUACCCAGUACGCAAUCAAGCAACUGCUUUCAAGUCUUACAACCCAUCACUAGCCCCCAAAAUCCAAACAAAACCCACUUCAAUCAAGAGGCAAAAUAUGCUGAAGCGUGCAAUUUCCUUCCUUGCCAAUAUGAGAUUAAAGAUGCUUCAAGAACAAAUGCAAGGAACUCGCCCUAACUCAACUAGUACACAGUUAACCCAUAUGAUAUCAGAGCGCAAGCGGCGGGAGAAACUCAAUGAAAGUUUUCAGGCGCUUAGAUCAUUAUUACCUCCAGGUUUCAAGAAAGACAAGGCGUCGGUGCUCUCUAGCACUAGGGAUUACUUGCACAGUUUGAAAGCUGAGAUUUCGGAGCUGAAGAAAAAGAAUCAGUUAUUGGAAUCGCAGUGGCUUUCGCCAUCUGAAAGAAAAGCCGGCGAAGAAGUCAGUGAUUCUACUUGUUCAAGCACAGAAAGAGUGAAUAUUCAGGUUAUCCAAACUGCCGAGUCCACAUCAGGUGGGCAAGGGAUAGAGCUUAGAGUGAGUGUGAGAGGAGACUGUAAUAUGCUGGAUUUGGUCAUUCGCAUACUUGAAUUUCUAAAGAAGGUGGACAUGGGGUUGGUGUCAGUGGAAGCAGACACACAACUGCAACAGACGAUUCAACUCAACCGAUUUAUCAUAAGAUUUAAUACUAAGGGGAGUGAAUGGGACGAGUCGGCCUUCCAGGAAGCCAUUGCCAGGAUUGUUGCUGAUGUAAUUCGCUGACCAUCCACCCUGAGGGGCUUGACUUGGCCUUUUCCUUUUGCCUUCUUUUUCAUGGUUUUGGGAGUCCAAAGGCAACACCAUCACCACCACCACCGCAAGUCCACAACCACAUUACUCAGAUUUCCAUUCAUGCAUUCAAAGAUGGCGAACCCUUUUUUAAAAGGAAAUAAUUGAAAAUGAGGAAACCCAAAAAGUGAGGAGCAAAGCCCACCACAAAGACAGAGAGUUGCUUUCAAUCAUUCAAGAU